AUGACAACGACACCGCCACGGAUGGCAGAGCGCAUCCUCAGCCAUGAAACGAAGGACGACAAUGGGCCCAGCCCAGCCCAGCCAAUGCCCAUGCCCAUGCUCCUCCAUUGUGUGCCCCUAAGCCAGCACACCACAAAGCUUAGACUCUGGACUCCGGCCGAUGUUGUACCGGUGGCUCUGGCUCUGGCUCUGGCUCUGGCUGUGGCUCUGGCGGCGUCGCGUACACAAAUUAUUAGCAGCCUCUCUUCAGUCAUCGGUUGUCCGCAUGUCCAUUGUCUGUCGCCCGUUGCCCGUUGCCCGUUGCCCGUUGCCUGCUCCCCGCUCUCCUCUGCCCAAGGCCCGUGCGCUGACGACAACUGUUGCUCAGCUUCUAGCCAGCAGCAGCAGCAGCAACAACAGCAAAACGGGGAACGCACGGAAAAGGCGAGACACGACGACGACGACGACGAGGGGGACAAGGCCGCAGCACCAGCAGCAGAGCGCCCGACCACGACGUCCUCCACAGUCCACACAGAGUCCAUCCAAGUGGCGAUCGCUGCUAAUGCUCGCCCUGCAGCACCACUCAUCGACAGCGCCGCCAAGCUGGCCGCCGAACGACAAACCAGACGGACGCGCCGCAUGCAGAAGCGGCACGAGAGCAUCAGCUUCAAGAUGAGCUUCCAGCGCGAGCUGAGGAGCACCGUGCCGGACUGGAGCAAUAGCUGCGGUGGCAAGUGGAUAGGUCCCGAUCGGUGGCCCCGUCCAGUCCCCGUCCCGCGCAGGCAGAGCUGCCUCCACCACAAACAGAGGCUACGCACAUUGCGGAAUAAUACACGGCGCGAGCUGGUGCAACUGCGCGAUGACAACGCACUGCGGCACCUGGAGCACUCGGUAAAGGCGCAGGACACCGGCGUCGUCCAGGCGAUCGACAUCUCCCAGCACAAGACGUGGAGUCUGCAUAACAGCCAAUACGAUUUUCUGCCCAGGGUGAAUGUUAGCAAGCAACUAUCACUGCAGCACGCACAUCACGAUCUGCAGUUCUACGUGGCCGCAUUCAGCUAUCUGCGGCACGCCCAGCUGCACUGGGACCUGGAGAAUCUACAGAAGCAGAGCGUGCUCUCGGCCGAGCUGCUGCGCCUGCGCAACAGCGCACGCCUCAUGCUCUGCAACUUUGAGGAGGCCUUCAACAGCACUCGCCUCUAUGCGCCCAACCACAAGACCCACAAGACCCUGAGGACGGUGAAGCGUGUGCCCAUGGAGAAGAAGCUGAUGAAGCUGAAGACGCCGCUGGUGGAGCUGCAUCGACAGGCGGUGCUGGCCGCGAACGGCCAGCGAGCGGAGAAGCCCAGACAGCCGGAUAGCCUGGAUCUGCGAUUCGUCAAGUACCAGUACAUUCAGUACCUGAGGCACCUGACAAAGCUCCUGGCCAAGCACUCCAAGAGGGAUUGCAAAGCAACGAAAGAAAACAAAAGAAACAAACAAACAAAUAGACASCGGCCGGCUAGCGGCCUCUCUACUUAAGAUUUAAGAUUUAGCAACCAGUUAUAUACGCAUAGUUCCAUUUCGAAUUCCAACUGAACUGAGCCAUCCAUCCGACAAGCAUCCCACUCCAACCCCACAGUUGAUUUCAUGAACUGAAACUCAUUCUCAAAGACGGCUAUGACAUUCGAAUCCGAAUCCGAAUCCGAAUCCGAACCGAACCCGAAUCCUAAUUAGCCUAAGUAUUUAUUAUCUAUCAUUAUUAUUUAUAUGCAUACAUAU